CACGCCCAGAAAGUCCCUGACAGGGCGUGUCCGAGGCAUCACAUGCCUAUGGUCCGAGCCGAGGGAGCUAGAAAUUUAGACCGUACAUUCUGAUGCAAAAUUUAAAAACUGCACUUUUAAGGGACUUGCCAUAGACAUAUACAAUGCAUAUGAGAAUAAGGAAUUACAUUCCUUAUCAGAUCGUAGAUCCAAGCUAUAUGCGUCUUGAAAAAGACGAGUUUGUGGAGACCGAAAACGUAAAAUAAAGCAAAUACAAGAAGCAAAGUGUAAACUAAAAUAACGUGAAGCGUCAACCGUCAACACGGAAUAAAUUAAUAAUUAUGCGUAUAUAUAAUUAUGGGGCGGAAUGUAUCGCGUGGUUUGCAAACUUUCUAUUGGCCAGCCUGAAUUGUUUCAAAAUUUUUUCGCAUAUUUUCCGGGGCUUUUCUGAGCAUGGUGGCACAUUGUGGAGCGACGAGUGACAAUAUUCAGUGACUCUCCCUGUAUGAAGAACUAAAUAACCUACCCAUCCCGUCACUGUGAACUACUGCUGUAUUAUCCAGAGUAGUUCUAAUGAUGUAAUACACAAACAGUCAAAAGUCAAUAAAAUCAAAAAGAUUUUAACAAAAUGGCAAACCACACCUCACAGGGCGUCUACGCCCCAUUGCCGCAAUCCUUAAGCGACUCUGACUCUGAAAAGGACAUUCCGAUAACCAUACGCACCAAAUUUUCAGAUCGACUCAACAAUUUCCAAAACGGCGUGCACGAAACGGUCCAUCACAACGGGUACGUUAGCCCGUUGCAAAUAAUGAAGCUGCCCGAGGUGAGAAAGGUGACGCCCUCGAUGUCGCUAAAACGUAAGGUCUGUUUCGUAUUCUCGAUCGCUGUCUGCUUUCUAACCAUCGUGGUAUUCCUGUGGGUCAUCCCGUGUUCGGAGAGCGGAACGUGUCCGGUUAGAAUAUCGAAUUGGGAGAAUCAGCACGACGGCAUCGAACUUACCGGCAAAAUCAACGUCGUUAAGAGCGCUUUUAAGAACACGGCGAAUUUAGUGUUACUCUUCAAGCAGAACUUGAAUUCGGCCGACAGUCAAAACGGCAUUAUAUCCGUUUUAGGUAAUAACGGUGCCGUCGCCUGGUAUAUUAAUCAGGCGAAAGCUUCGACGGACUUAAAUUGUUAUUUAAUCGACGUCAACGGCGAUGACAUAAACGACUGUUUGGUGCUAGGCGAGAUGGGAUUGGAGGCGAUCGAUCCCGUCUCGGGUUCGGUAUUUUGGCACGCUCACAAUCACUCGCAAAGUGUGGUGAUGACCGGUCUAGAUUUCCCCGUUAUUUUACAGGAUUUAAAUUACGAUGGCAUUAACGAGAUACUAACUACCACAAACGCGGUUUCGGGCGAGAGCAAAUUUUUGAUUAUAUCCGGCAAGACUGGGAUUUUGUUGGGGGAAAUUAGCGUGUCGCAUUCUGGCCAUCUUGGUAUAAUCGAGAUCAAUGCCAGUAGCGUUAUUUACUCGUGCACGGUCGGCAACGAGACAAUUUACCACCAGGUCUCUAUCAGCGCUCUGAUCAGUAACGUAUUUAACCGAGGCGACAGUCUAAAUUUACCCAGGGUGAAGUUUACGCCCGAGUCGCAUGCGGGUUACACUUUAAAUGGGCGCAAGCUACUAAUAAAUAACGUGGGAACUUGUCCCGACAGUUGUCGGGUAGAUAUUGCGUUAAUCGACGAGAAGAAGGUUCAGAACAACAUCGUGUGGUCGUACCAAAAUUCGUACGCGUUCAUUCCGACCUCGUUUUCGUUUAAACAAACCAAGUCCAAUUUGAGCUCGCUUAAAGGUCACGUGAACGGUUUCAUUUUAAAAUUAUGGCAGUGGUUCGGCUACAGUCACAAGGAUAAGGCCAAACGGUACCUUACAAAGCGUUACGUCCCCGGCAACAAUUCAGCGCCGCAAAUUAAUUCAAUCAUGGAACGUGUGGUGCUGAUUACGUUUAACAACACCAAUUUUCAUGUAAUCAACGCCAGCUUGACCGAGAUAACUCAAUUGUGUUUCCCGAACGAAGCGAAGGUGCGCUGUCAGCCCGGUUUGGAGAACCAGAACAGUUCCCUCCUGAUUACCGACUUGGACGUCGACGGUUCGCAGGAAUUGGUCAGCUACUCGAGUACCUAUCUCAAAAGGGAAGAUCUAAAAGACAACUGGCAGCUCGUUUCGAACAUGAAGGUCAUUCGUUUGGAGGCGGAGCUUCCAAAGCUAUACGAGGUGGCUAAAUAAAUCGCACCCUUUUUUUUAACGUACUUUUCCUCUUCCAAUAGAACAAUGCACUUAGUUUUGAGCCUAACUGUUGACACACUGAAGAUAUCUAUUUUUUGUUUCGUUAAAAAAUAUAAUGUACGUUAUGUUCCACACAGGACAAAAUGCCGAGCUCUGGCACAAGUAUAAGGGAACAAAUUUAAUAUAUUAUACUCGUAGUAUCUAGUCAUUGUAUAGAUUUAAGGAUUAAUUAAGAAUUUUAAAAUCCUAUUUAUAGUUACCUUUAGUUUCAGUAUUAUAUGAUGUUCCUUUUUGUUGUGGCAGUAUUUUCUUCUUUAUUUAUUAAUCUCUGUGAAUUUUGUGAUAUUUUUUCUUUUAAUAAACUCUAGUCAACAUAUUUUA